CGCCGCAGGAUGGACCGCAGGUGCCCCCGGAGGCUCUGGCUGCUGCUCCUGCUGGCCGCCUGCGCCCGGGUCCUCCUGGGCUGGUACUCGGGAGCCUGGCCCGCAGUUUGGAGUUCGUGGCCAGGGAGGCCGGAGGCCUGCCCGCGCCCCCUGGCCGCGGCCCUGCAGGGGCACCCGCGCUUCCAGCGGCUCUUCAACCUGUCCAUCCCCGUGCUGCUGUGGGGCGGCCUCCUCACCCCGCAGCUCUGGGACGCCCUGAUCCAGCUCCGGGGACCCUACAGCUGGCGCGGCCUCUCCCGGGAGGCCAUCGCCUCCACGCUGCGCCUCCUGAACGGCUCGGAGAGCGCGCAGCUGUUCCCCGCGUCCCGGGAGCCGCGGUGCCUUCGCUGCGCGGUGGUGGCCAACGGAGGCAUCCUGAGGGGCUCCCGCCAGGGCCGGCGCAUCGACGCCCACGACUAUGUCUUCAGACUCAAUGGUGCCGUGAUCACAGGCUUCGAGAAGGACGUGGGCACCAAGACCUCCUUCUACGGCUUCACGGUGAACACCAUGAAGAACUCCCUCUACAACUACAGGCACCUGGGCUUCCGCUCCGUGCCGCGGGGACCAGACUUGCGCUACGUCUUCAUCCCUGCCGACAUCCGCGACUACCUGAUGCUGCGAUCCGCCCUUUUGGGUGUGCCUGUCCCUGAGGGUCGGGACAAAGGGGACAGGCCUGAGGCCUAUUUUGGACCAAAUGCCCCUGCAGGUACAUUUAAGUUACUACAUCCCAGCUUCAUCCACUACCUGAAGGAGAGGUUUUUGAAUUCCAGCCUUAUUCACAUAGAUGCCAAAGGCAUAUACAUGCCUAGUACGGGGGCCCUCAUGCUGCUGACAGCUCUGCAUACCUGUGAUCAGGUGUUUAGCUGACAAGAGACUUUCCAAGGGAGCCUUUGCCUGGAAAAUUCACCAAGGACCAGCAUCUGGCCCUCAGGUCUGUGGUUUUGGAAGACAGAGUUUAUCAACACUAGGAAUGAAUGAACUCAACAACUAGAAUCA